AUGCACCAUGCAGCACCUCCGACAGAGGCUAUCCGCAAGAUCUGGACGAAAUCUCCACUCAUUGUCGCUUUUGCUGGUCUCUUUGUCAUGAACUUUGCCAUGAUCUUUGCUGCAUCUUCUGCGGGUGUCUACGAUCCCUAUGCCACGAGUCAUUUCAAAGGUCAUUCCCUCAUUGCCACGGCCAACAUCAUCCAUGGCAUUGUUCGGAUCGUUGCGUAUCCUCUAUUGGCCAAAGUUGCAGAUCACAUUGGACGGCCACAAGGAUUUGCAGGGUCAGUGAUAAGCAUGGCUCUAGCCAACGUGCUCUACGCAGCGUGUCACGACGUAGAGACCUAUCUCGCCGGAGGUAUCUUUGAAUCGUUUGGCGAUACUUGGUGGACCAUUACCGAGCAAAUAUUCAUCGCUGAAGUUACUUCCCUGAUGAACAGAGGCUUUCUAUUCACGCUGCCUGAGUCAUUGGCUGCCAUCCCAACCUUGUACGCCGGCACAUAUCUUGGUGAGCACAUGCUACUCAAAUCGUCAUGGCGCUGGGGAUUCGGUAUGUGGGCUGCUAUUAUGCCCUUCUGCGCACUUCCGACCAUCGCCAUCAUGGUGUUUAUGGAGUUCCGAGCUCGGAAGAAGGGCAUCUACUAUAACCGAGUUUCACUCCGUACUGCUUCCGAGAUCCCAGAAGUUGCAUCCUGGACAACCAAGGUCCGCCAGGUCCUUUUCGUUCAGCUAGACAUUGUCGGCGCAUUUCUGCUACUCGCUGGUCUUGCAAUGACUCUCCUGCCGCUUUCUAUUACUGGAAGGAGAAACACUGAGCGUUGGGCUGAGCCAUCAUCUAUCGUCCUUCUGGUUGUGGGAGUAUUGACGUUUGUUGGCUUCUUGGUCUGGGAUGGACGAUAUGCAAAGAAGCCUAUUGUUCCGUUCCGUAUGAUCAAGAACCGCAAUGUCAUACUUGCCUGUGUUUCGGUCUGUAUCAUUGCCAUGUCAGAUUCAACCUAUAGAACGUUUGCACCCAGCUUUCUACAGGUGGCUGGAGGUUACUCGCCUGGACAUGCAGUCCGCAUCGACAACGCUCGACGAGUCGCCUUGAACCUCGGUGGUCUUGUGAUUGGUCUAGCCAUCAGAUUCGUCAAGCAUACCAAGCCAUUUAUCAUUCUCGGCUUCUUGAUGGUUGCUCUAGCCAAUGGACUGCCAAUCUACUUUACCAACAUCGAAGGAUCUCGAGUCGCCAACGAAGUAGCUCUUACCACUGGACAGGUGCUGCUUGGUCUUGGCCGGGGUUUUGCCCAGGUACCCCUUCAAGUCGCCCUGCAGGCUGCUGUUCCGGAUCACGAGAUUGGCAUUGCGACGGCCAUGUUUCUCUCUUCGUCUGGAUUCGGUGCCAAUGUUGGCAACAGGCAAGUUGUCUUACUCUCUUUGCGACAUAGUAUUGGAGGUGCUCUCUGGAACACCCUUUUGCCCCGAAGACUCGCAGCGAAUCUCCCAGAGGUUGACAAGGCCAAUAGCACCGCCAUCUUCCGUUCCAUCGUGGCAGCGCAGAGUUACGAGCCAGGCACCGCAACUAGGGAUGCUAUUAAUCUCAGUUACCGCCUGACACAGCAAACACUUGCAAUUGGAUCGCUUUCGCUUUCCAUUCCUCUUCUGAUCAUCAUGUUCUUCUUCCGGAAUGUCAAGUUGGAAAAGGAGGAUGAGAAGAGAAAUGAGGUCGCUGAGCAACAGCUUGCCGCAGCGGGACAGGGCAUUUCCACUGGACAAACUGUGACAGAGAAGAGUUAA